AUCCUAAACGCGAUAAUAAUUAUGAUGAUGAAACCAACAUUACGAAUACAAAUGUGGAUACUGAUAGCAGUUCAAAAAUUUUGGACAAAAGAUAUGAGUCUGACUGCCUAGAUGAUAUAAACAAUAAAAUCAAAACCAGGAAUCACCGCGAGAGAAAAAUUAAAGAACCAAGGUUACUUCCCGUCAACUCAACCAUUGAUGUGGAACUACGAAAAAAUGGGAUCGAAAAUGACGAAACGCUUGAAAAGCUUAGAGAUGCUGCCCCUGGAAAUAAUGAAU